AAUUUGUGUUUAGGCGAAGAAGUGGCCAGUUUUUUCCUGAAAUCUAACUUAUCGCCGACUGAAUUGGCUCAGAUAUGGGAUCUCGUAGAUAUUAAAAAAUCCGGUAGGCUCAGUCGAGAUGAAUUUGCCGUGGGAAUACAUUUGAUAACGAAAAAGUUGAAAGGAGAACCAUUGCCCCCUGUUUUACCAAAAAGUCUCAUUCCACCAUCAAUGCGCUCUUCACAAGCAUCAUCUAGUAGUCCAUUUACUGAAAUCAUGAAAAGGUCGGGAACUAUCACGAAAAGUAUUUCUACUCCCGUUAGAUCACAAAGUGUAUCUAAUCAAUUUAGUAGUGUAUCGGACUUAUUAUUCGAUACAUCGCCAUCUCCUUUCCCCCCACAAUCCCAAAAUUCAAAUGAUAUCGACCUUCUUGGGGACACCGAUAUCACUACUCAAAUGGCUCUCGAGGGUGGAGAGAUCCGAAACCUCAAGACUCAGGCUGAUAAUUUUGACAUUGCCACAAUGGAACUUAAAAAUAAGCGCACUAAUGUUGAUGUCAAUCUAGCAUCAUUGGCUACACAAAAGAGCGAGAUUUCAGUGCGUAUUUCACAAUUGCGUACUUUAUACGACACGGAACUUAAAGCUUUACAAGAAGUUCAAAUAAAAUAUCAACUCGAACAUGAGAGUGUUGAACGAGCUAGGGAAGAGCUUGCGCAAGUGGAGAGAUCCUUAGCAUCAUUACAACAAGAAAAAGAACAAUUGGAAGCAAAUAUCCAAAAGGAUCGAGAGGAAACAUUGGAUAUAAAAAGGAGAAUGAGAAUUGCCGAAGAAGAGAAUGUUAACAUAAAAGCUGAAAUAGAGAAGCUUAAAAAAGAUAGUAAACAACAGAAAGGAUUGCUUGCAAUUAAUAGAGAACAACUGGUAUCUGUCGAAGGGGAGAAAGAAAAAUCUUUCAAGGCCUUGCAAAGUAUGGAAAAUCGAGGUAUUAUGGGCUUAAACGAUCCUUUUGGAUCCGGAACAUUUACACCCCCUCCCUUUGGUCAGUCCAGCAAUAAUCAAAUAACUGGAAGCACAAAUUCUCAAUAUGGUUUGGAGCUUGAAGAUAAUAAUUAUCAGCCAAAACCUUUCGGUCAUAGUCAACAUGCUUCGGUCUCUUCCCUUAGUGGAAACGGAGUGAAGAGGACCAUGUCAAAUGCUUCGCUUGCAUCUAACUCAACGCUGGGUACGUCCAGUAUAAAGUCUGCUCCUUUGAAUUCCUCAAAAUUGGAAGAAAUUACAUUUGACAAACCUAAUUCCACAGCAAGUUCAAAGACCACGGAGCUCAAUAAUUUGUUUGGUGAAAAUCUUCCCAACACCUUACAAGAAAUUAAUCAAUCACCGGAUGGUUCGGAAAUUAUUGCUCGAAAUGUGAAUCCCUUUGAAACCACAUUUUCAUCGCCUGUUUCAACCAUUAAUGAGUUAAAAAUGCCUCUUCAGACCAAUAUUGAAAAUUCUAUUCAAAAUAGUGCAGAAAAUGAGAUAGAGAAGAUUAGUACCGACCCAUUUUCGUCGUUUGGAAGUUCGACAAAGUCGACCUCUGGAAAAGCAGGGUUUGAUUUGGCCUUUACAUCGAUUAGUUUACCAAACAAUGAUAAUAUUGUCACGGAUUCGUUCGCCGCCACCGACUUCCCAAGUUUAGAAGAAAUUGAGGCCUCAGUAGAAAGUGGGGCAAAAUUAGGAUUUGAUAAUGACUUCACUAGUACAGAAAAAAAGAACGGAGAUGCUUUAAAGGAAGAAGUUACAAAUGAAAAAGUAGGAGAUUCAGUUACAGUGGAGGUCACGAAGAAUGAACCCGAAGUGGUUACAGCGGGCGCAGUGUUAACGCAAAAAGAAAGUAAUGAAGAGGAAAAGAAAAAUAUUAUUGAUGUUUUUUCAGAUUUAAACGAAAAAGGCUUUUCUCCAACCCAAGAUUCUGAUGCAUGGGUAUCAAUUGAGAACACUACUGAUUCUAAGAUCAUCAAAGAUGAAUUUGAAGCAGCGUUUGGUGGAGAUUUGAGCGAAGUUAAGGUCACUAAGACAUCUCCUAUAGAAUUUGAAGCAGGCUUUGAGGACACCGAUUUUGACGAAGAUUUUAAAUUUAAUCCUACAUUUGAAACUCCAAUAAUUCAAACAAAACCAAUUGUACCCGAUAGCUCCAAUAACAAUAUUACAUCUAGCUUUAAGAAUACAAGUUCAAUAGAUUUAAGUAAGACAUUCGGUGAUUUCGAUCCCUUUCCAUCUUCA